AUGGUACAAGGGCUUCCGGGGAUUACAUUUUGCAAUGGUCCAUUUGACAUUGUGUGCAAGGUGGUGAAGGCUGAAGGAAUCCGUGGAAUGUAUAGAGGCUUUGGAUUGACGGCUGUGACCCAAUCCCCUGCAUCUGCACUUUGGUGGGGUGCCUAUGGUGCUGCCCAACACAUCAUAUGGAGGAGCUUGAGCUGUGCAGAGAAUUUGGAAAAGAAACCAUCUCAUUUAGAUAUGGUUGCAGUUCAGGCUACGGCAGGAAUGGUGGCUGGUGCCUGUUCAUCAGUUGUUACUACUCCCAUAGACACUGUAAAGACACGACUUCAGGUUAUUGAUGAUUAUGGUGCUGGAAGGCCAUCAGUAAUCAGGACAGCGAAGACACUUCUUAAAGAAGAUGGAUGGAGAGGCUUCUAUAGAGGGUUCGGACCCCGGUUCUUGAACAUGUCUCUCUAUGGAACUACCAUGAUUGUUACUUAUGAAUUGAUAAAGAGGUUGUCUAUAAAGAAAGCAUGA